AUGAUGGCGAGAAGGUCCUCGUCGCGGGGAGGGCAAGCCGGCUCCUUCCCCGUGGCUCUGUCCGCGGAGCAUCGCGGGAGCUUCCGCGCGGACGACGCCGAGCGCAAGGCGCACCACCCCUCCCUCCACAAGAUCCCCCGCGGCGCGCGGGUCGUUCUUUUAGCAGGCACCGUUAUAGUCACGCUCCUCGGUUUUGCCGCGUUCGCAUUAUCUGGGUCCUUCCGCCAAGCCCUGCUGAGUCAGCUCCGCCCAUCUUCCGCCACUCCUUCCGCCGACCUCGCGCUCGAGAUCGACUCCGCAGCUGUGGCCCGUGCGGAUGCGCAGGUGGCGGAGGAGAGGGGCGCAGUGGAAGGGGAAGCAACUCAUCUCAUUGCGGAUUCAGACUCCCUCGCCUGUGCCCUCGUGGUGCGCCGCGCCUGCCACUUCUGGUCGCCCAUCGGCCUCCCCACCCCCUCUUCCUCUGCCACUGCUGCUGGUGACGGUGCUGCUGAUACUGCUGAUGGUGGUGCCAGUAGUGGCAGUGGGAGUAAAGCCACCACGACCCACGGGCACUACAGUGGGUACUGGUACAGCAUGGACGGCAGGGACUUGUCUCUUCUGCGCUCCAAUGAUGACGUGAUUCAGGAGAAGAUGGGCAUAUUCCUGUCAGCAGAGCAGCGUGAUCAAAUACUGCAGCAGCAAUGCAACCUGGGCCACAAGCCUUGCUAUCAGCUCACUCACCCACGCCCUACCACGGCCUACCGCGCCCUCCCAGACCCUACCACGCCCUCCCACACCCUCCCACGCCCUCCCACGCCCUCCCUCCCUCCCUUUCUCUCUUCCCCCCACCCCCCCCAUCCCCUCUCCCCCCCCACCCCCCCCUCCCCCCCCAUCCCCUCUCCCCCCCACCCCCCCCUCCCCCCCAUCCCCUCUCCCCCCCACCCCCCCUCCCCCCCAUCCCCUCUCCCUCCCUCGCCACCCCAGCCACCGGAGUGGGCAGAUGUGACCUCCCCUGGGCGGCAGCUACCCAGGUACCGCCGGGCAGUGAUGUCUCCGCACGACUCGUUCCUGGGCCACUUCUGGGAGCGCGUGGGCGUGCUGGCGGAGCUGCUUCUGGCCCUCCACUCCUCCCUCUCCCUCCCCCCGCCCUCCCCUCCCCCCUCCCCCUCUCCCCCUCCUCCACCUCGUACUUCUCGCUCCAGUGGGGAUGGUCUAGGGGGUGGGGGGGAGGAGGGAGGGGAGGGGGUGGAUGGGGAAGAGAGUAGUGGGGAGAAUGGGGCGGCAAGAGGAGGCGAGGGAGAGGAGGAGGCAGGAGUGGGGGAAGGUGCAGAAGAGAGGGAUGGGGUUGCUGUGUCUAUCACUGCUUCUUCAACUGCUGGUGCAGAUGGUGCUGCUGAUGCUGGUGCAGAUGGUGCUGCUGAUGCUGCCUCGUUCCCCCCAGUGGUGCUGACUCCCUCGCCCCUCACGCACACUGCAGUGAUGUUUGGCACCGACAUUGAUGUCGGCACGUUCGCGGGCAAUUUAAGCCGCAUUCUCUUUGGCGCCGCCACGCCGCUCAUUCCCGGUCGCCGCCUGCACUGGGGGGACGAGCCGCACCUGUGCUUCGGAGAGGUCAUCUUUCCUCUGCACACCGCCUAUUCCAUGAACGCCACAGAGUAUGUGAGGAGGAAAGCGUAUGCCUGGGCGGACGCUCGACUCACUGCUGCCGUCACUGGCGCCACGGCUGAUGAUACCGGUGAUGCCGAUGGUGCUGCUGGUGCUGCCACUGGUGCUGAUGCUGGUGGGGACGAGGAGGAAGAGGCAGAGGACGGGGAGGAGGCAGAGCAGCAGCUGCAGCAGCGGAGGGAGGCGGAGGAGAAACGCAGAGAAGAGCAGCUGUCUAAGCUGCCCUCUCCGUUGCAGGUGACAUGGCUGUACCGGUCCAAUCGCCGCACCAUCACGAACGUGGGAGACGUGCUGCAGCUGCUCACAGCGCACUUCCGCAUGCCCAUCCACAUCAUCGAACUCUCAGAAUCUACACCGUUCGACCAGGUGGUUCACACGAUGCGCCACACAGCCUUUGCCAUGGGCAUGCACGGCUCUGCCCUCGCCAACCUCAUCUUCCUGCCGUCAGGGGCCUCAGCCCUGGAGCUCAUUCCCUACAAGUACCGCUACUUCCCCUACCUCUCCAUCGCCCCCUUAUUCAACAUCAACUACCACCAAUGGACCAAUGAGAAGCGUGAUUUUGCCUCGUUUGACGACGGGUGCUUCGAGGGCAAGUGGGCGAAGCUGAGUCCGUCGGACUGUUGGAAGUUAAAGCCGUGUUUGCGCUGUGUGCGGGACCAUGCGCGCACGCAUGUGGACCCCGAGAGCAUUGGGCCUGUGCUGGCUGAUAUUGGACGAGAGGUGCGCAUAUGGAUUGGCAUGUAUGGCUUGCCGGGUUCUUGA